AUGCCCUCUUAUAGACACAGGAGACUGAACUCUGGUACUAGGGACGGCAAUGAAGUUGUACAAAAGCAGCCAGAAAUACCCCAGAACGAAUAUCAGAAGAGUCUCGAUGCAGGCGUAGCCCCGCCUCCUCUCACGGCCGAAUCAGUUCGCUAUUGGUCUGAUUUUAACCGUGUUUUCUAUCACCCGCGUUCAAUAGUCCAGCUCAAUGAGUACGAGCUCAAUUCUUCUUUGAUGCCAUUUGAAGAUUGGGGUGUCGGAGAAGAACUGUUCGGAGAUCUGGACAAAGAGCACGACUUGUUGGAUCGAGAUGUUAGACCGUUUGCUGAGGAAUGUGACCAGCUUCGUGCACUCCAGAUUUUCACCGGAUCGGAUGAUGCUUGGGGUGGCUUUGCCGCUAGAUAUGUUGACCGGCUAAGAGACGAAUAUGCUAAGACUGGCAUAUGGGUAUGGGCUAUUGAAGAUGGGGCGAGACUGCCGCGGCACAAGAAAAUUCUCAAGACGUCUAAUUCCACAAGGACUCUUUAUGCAGUGGCCCCACAGUCGACAUUAUAUUGUCCCAUAAUUGAUCCUCCACGCAAUCUGCCGAAUUAUCUGUCUAUUGAUGCUGGAUCCGAAUGGUAUACCUCGGCUUUGAUUGCGUCUGCGGUUGAGACUGUCACCUUACCAUCUCGCCUUCGGCCGUAUCGUGACUUUGAGGCUUCACUAGCAGGUCAAAGUGGAGGAACGCAUAAGAUCUUUGAACUGCAGUCCAGCAUUAUAUCGCAGGUUCCAGAAAAUCGUGCACCGUGGGUUACGACAAAUGAGAACAAACAGGAAACAGAGGCGGAAGCGAAAACUGACUUCGAUAUAAAUCUUACUUAUGACGAUUUGACUACGGAAAACUUGACUGUGUUUAACCAAGUUCAGGUCCUCCGUGGUCGAGAGCCAGAUAGUGAGCAGCCUCCUGCGGAGGAUCUGGGACUGAUCCGUAAACAGCGUCUAUUUGACUCGCAACCGAUGGUUGAAAGGUAUUAUACGACAUUACGGUUUCCAAUACUCGACAGCUACCCGCGGGAUUUGCUUCCCCGUUCGAACGGAGAGACUGCGGUUGAAAUCCAUGCGGCUCUUUCAACGACUACGCGUAUCGGAGAUAAACUGAAAGAACUACAGACAAUCGCCGGAAGGACAAUCGGGGUGGAUGAGAGGGAGGCAUUGAUCAACGGUUUGGGAGAGCUUCGCGAAUCCUACGAGAAAGGAUGGAUAAGUGACACUGAUGACGACUAUUGA